CAAGGGGUAGGGGAACCGAUCGAGCCGGGGACGACAACUGACCAGCAGCUCGGCAGCCAUCCGGCCAGCCCCCUCAAUUUCCACGACGCUUCGGCAGCCCGCCGUCCUCUCCUCGUCUCCCUCGCCCCAAAUCCCCCUCCCCCCAAACCGCACUCCCUCUCGCCCCAAAUUCCCAUCCGCCCCCCAAACCCCACUUCACUCAAAACCCUCGCCGCGCCCACUACUGCGCGCGCCCCACGAUGGCCGCCGCCACCGCCGCCGCGUCCUCGGAGGAGGCCGUCAAGGCGGCGAAGGUGCUGAUGGUUGGGGCGGGAGGCAUCGGCUGCGAGCUGCUGAAGACGCUCGCGCUCUCCGGAUUCAGCGACAUACACAUCAUUGAUUUGGAUACAAUUGAAGUUAGCAAUCUGAAUAGACAGUUUUUGUUUCGGCAGAGUCAUGUUGGGCAGUCAAAAGCUAAAGUUGCUCGGGAUGCUGUGUUGAAGUUUAGGCCAAAUAUAAAUAUAACACCGUACCAUGCAAAUGUGAAGGAUUCUAAUUUCAAUGUUGAUUUCUUCAAGCAGUUUAAUGUUGUUCUGAAUGGUCUUGAUAACUUGGAUGCUAGACGCCAUGUUAACCGCCUUUGCCUUGCUGCUGAGGUUCCUUUGGUUGAAAGUGGUACUACUGGUUUUUUGGGACAGGUUACUGUUCAUGUCAAGGGUAAAACAGAGUGCUAUGAGUGUCAACCAAAGCCUGUACCUAAAUCAUAUCCUGUCUGCACAAUUACAAGCACACCAUCAAAGUUUGUUCAUUGCAUUGUUUGGGCGAAAGACCUGCUUUUUGCAAAGCUAUUUGGUGAUAAAAACCAGGGUAAUGAUCUUAAUGUGCACUCGAAAGAUGAUAGCAGUUCAAAAACAGAUGUUUUUGAAAGGAGUGUAGAUGAAGAUCUUGAGCAAUAUGCCCAGAGAAUAUAUGACCACGUAUUUGGUUACAACAUUGAAGUUGCCUUGGAUAAUAAAGAAACUUGGAAGAAUCGGAGAAAGCCAAACCCGAUAUACAUUAAAGAUGCAUUGCCUGAAGACGCUGUUCAGCAAAAUGGUCGUUCUCGGGAUCACAUGAAUGAGGAGCAGGAUCCGUCUGCUAUGGUAUCCCUAGGCCUUAGAAAUUCGCAAGAGAUAUGGAGUCUUGCUGAAAAUUCAAGAGUGUUCUUGGAGGCUUUAAAAUUAUUUUUUGAGAAAAGAGAGAAGGAAAUAGGGAGCCUUAUUUUUGACAAGGAUGACCAAUUGGCUGUCGAGUUUGUUACUGCUGCAGCAAAUAUCAGAGCUUCCUCUUUUGGAAUACCACUGCAUAGCCUUUUCGAAGCUAAAGGUGUUGCUGGAAAUAUAGUUCAUGCUGUGGCAACUACUAAUGCUAUAAUAGCUGGUUUAAUCGUCAUUGAAGCAAUUAAAGUUCUCAAGGGUGAUUAUCAAGAUUAUAGAAUGACGUAUUGUCUUGAGCAUCCAGCAAGGAAGAUGCUCUUGAUGCCUGUUGAGCCUUUUGAACCUAGUAAAUCAUGCUAUGUCUGCUCUGAGACCCCAGUUGUUCUGGAGGUUAAUACUAAGACAACAAAGCUCCGGGAGGUCAUUGAAAAAGUCAUAAAAAGCAAACUUGGAAUGAACCUCCCUUUGAUAAUGGUUGGCGCCACACUUGUUUUUGAGGAUGGUGAAGAUUUGGAGGAGGAUGAGAUUGCAAAUUAUGCUUUGAACCUCGAAAAGGUCUUGGCUGAACUUCCAGCUCCAGUCCUAAAUGGUACAACGCUUACAGUCGAGGAUUUUCACCAGGAACUAAAAUGCAGUAUCAACAUCAAACACAGGGAUGAGUUCGAUGAAGAAAAGGAGCCUGACGGAAUGGUUCUUGCUGGGUGGUCUGGCCCAGUUGAUAAGCAAAUUACCAGUAAUGGUGAGAAUAGAUCAGUUCCAUCUUCAUCGAAUACAGAAGAUGUUGAUGGUACUGCCGAGGAUAUAUCAGCGAAGCCUGGAAUGAAGCGUAAGCUGAACGAAAUAUUAGAGGCAAAGGAAAAUUUUGAUGCUCUUGAAAAUCCUUCGGAUGUUGGUUCAAGCAGCGCUCAAGUUGUUGAAGAUGAUGACGACGACGAGCUUGUUAUGUUUGAUGAAGACCCAAGGCAAAGCAAGAAGAAGAGAUUGCAAUAGCAAACGAUAACAGCUCUUGACUCCCGGCAUCAUGGCUAACACAUUGUUCAAUCAUAACAUCUUUGAUAACUUAUCUAUGCGGUGAUAUGCUAGGUUGAUGUUGAGACAUUGGUAACAAUGCCUGAGAUACUUUUUUUUUGGCCUCAGAUACCGCCCUGUAGGAUUGUAAUUUGUAGGUUUUAGGCACAUGAGCAACUAAUGCUCUGCUGACAGCCUGCUGCAAGAUAGCAUUUGUAUCUCAAGAGCCAAGGUCCUGUGUUAGUGAUGGUUUUUGUUCAGUUUUGAGGGGUGACCGGGUUAACCACUAAGUUAUCUGUCACAUUAUGUGCCAUUCACAGUGUCUGGAAACAUGGACUCAUCCUGUAAUCCUAUUAGUGUUACGCUAUAUGUGAGAAACAAGGCCUGGGUUUACAAACUCCUAGAUUUACUGUAUUACGGAUAACGCAUGGGUUUUCUUCGAAACCAGUGAAUGAUCAUUCAUAGGAUAUCGUAUGGUACUCACCAGAAUGACCAAAAUCAGUGGAAAGCAAAGCUGCUCCGGGUUACAUGUCACAGCUGAAGCUGUUUUGAGCCUGUUUGGUUACCUGGCUAUCUCCUAACCAGGCUUUCUAGAGCCAACUUGAGCCUGUUUGGUUGACUAAAUAAGUCUCCUAGCCAGGCCCAAGCAGGCCACCCAAAGAGACUUAGCCAGGCCCCAGAAAAACGCAGGAGCUGGGCGUUUUUGUGGAGCCAGGCUCUGGCCAGCCAUUGCAGAGUUCCCCUCACCGCUCGCGCACUCUGACUUCAUCUUCUACGGUAAUGGCUCCGCCCACGCACGCCGUCUUCGUCUUCCGCGGCCGCAUCGUCCACCCUUCGCGUGCGCCGUUGUCCUCCACCCUCUCGCGCGCGCCAUGGUUGAAGCGUCAGAUCUCGUCUCUGGAAGAGCACGAGCAACCUCGCUGGAGUCGUUGUCGACAGUCAGGACGGAGGCAACAUCAAAUCAGGGUCGGCGCGCUCGCUGGAGCUGUACGACCGCCACACCGACAUCUCCAUCGACGGUGAGGCCGGAGGCGACAUCAAAUUGGGGCUGGAGCGCUCGCUGGAUGACCGCCGCACCACGUCGCUGUGAAGGGUGGACAGGAAAUCCCGUCGAGAGCUCGAGGCGUCGUCGCGUGCCUCCUGAUUCCAGUCUGCCUCUGCCAACGCGCAGCGGCAACUCGGCGUGACUGCGUGAGCACAACAGAGACCUCUUUUCUCUUCUGGAUUUUGCCUCGAUGGACUGAGCAUUUGGCUCUAAUUUUUAUUUCUGUUUUCUAAUGCGACUAUACAUGACGCUGUAUUUUAGUUUUUGGAGAAAAUUAUUGUCGCA